AUGUUAGAGAGGAUGGGAUUCGAUGGCAGAUGGAUUAAUUUAGUGAUGUUUUGUGUUAGUUCCGUGUCAUUCUACAUUGCUCAUGGAGGCCAAGAAAUGGGCCCUAUUGUUGCUUCUCGUGGGAUCAGACAAGGAGAUCCAUUAUCUCCUUAUCUGUUUAUUCUUUGUGCGGAGGGGUUCUCGUGCUUUUUACGCAGUUAUGAGCAUAGUGGACUACUUACGGGGUGUAAGAUUGCUCGCCAUGCUCCAAAUAUUUCUCACAUGUUGUUCGCGGAUGAUAGUUAUAUAUAUUGCAAAGCAACGGAGGAGGAAGCAUAUAACAUCAAGGAGCUGCUACAUACUUUUGAAUUGGCAUCUGGACAAAAGAUAAAUUUCUCAAAAUCAUCUGUUUUUUACAGCUGCAACACUGCUGUUGGUCUUCGUGAUACAAUCUGUGACUUGUUGGGGAUCUUUGAAGCAGAUGAAAAUGGUUCUUACUUGGGCCUUCCAUAUUCGAUUGUUGAUACUUGCAAAGAGCUUGAAAGACUAAUGGCCAAGUUUUGGUGGAGUACGGGUUCAACUCAAACUAAAGGUACAAGCUGGAUGAGUUGGAAUCGUAUGUGUCGUCACAAACAUGCAGGGGGUUUGGGAUUCCGGGACCUACGAGAUUUUAAUUUGGCUCUUCUUGGGAAGCAGGGUUGGAGACUGUUAACUCAUGACUCUUCUCUUGUGGGGCGUGUGUUUAAAGCCAAAUAUUACUCUACAACAACAAUUCUGAAAGCUGAGUUGGGUGAUAACCCAAGUUUUGUGUGGCGUAGUAAAGUUGAAGCGAAGGAAUUGCUGGUUUCUUGUGUUUGUCGAUCGGUUGGAUCAGGGGAAUCCGUCUCUAUUCUAAAUGAUCCAUGGCUCCCUGAUGAAAAUCCAUUUGUUCUCUCCAAUCAUCCUGCUUUAAUUAACUAA